AUGCUCAUGGACAUUUCCAGCUUCACCAUCAGUAUGUUGUUGCAUUGCAUUUCUUCAAGAAGUUGCGGCUGCUUCCUGCUUUGCCGGCUGCAGCGGAUGGUCGAGCUGGUGCGAAUCAACCUCGUCUUCCGUGGCGACGAUGGACACCAGCGCGAGCUGCGCAUCAUGUCAGAGGUUAUGGCCGGUGGCGGCAUUCGCACUCGCAACCAGCCUCUUGCAGUGACGAUGCGCAAUGUUGAGAACGGAGAUUGGCAGCGGGCAGUUGAACGAUGCUUCGCCACAAAGUUUGGCCUUAGCCCAACCGUCCAGAAAAGCUGCUUCAACAUGGCCAAGGAUGCCUACAACUACCAGGAGAACAGCGCGACAUCGGAGUCGACCCCUGGCAUCUUGACAAAGUACAAGACGCACAGCAUCAAGAUGACGGUGAAGGACCGAACUCGGCACGAGCUCCAGCAGAUUGGUCUGCCGGACGGUGCGCCUUUUGUCACGAACGCUGAAGGUGUGCAGCACUGGGUCUGGACUCGUGUUACCAACAACAAAGAAGAGGAGCUGAUCAACAAGCUCCAGAAGUAUGGCGUCUGCCUGGACGAAUUUACGUGGCAGAGCUUCGUGGAGCUGUACGACGAGGUCUACGAGAAGCAGCAGUCACAGCUGGAGCCCGUUGGGGACGAGCUUGUGAGGUAUGUCCGCAUCGUAAAGAUUUGGCUGUGGGCCAAUGUGCUGAACUGUCGGCAUACGCUGGUGCUGAGGACGAAGCAGCAGCACUCGCGCACCCACGUAUUGACUUCACCGCGCGUGUUGUCGAUGAGGAUGGCAGAGGACCAGACAUGGCAAGAAGCCGUGGUAGAAGCUCUCACCGGGCGCCUGGGCAUCAACGAGGCUCUGCAGCGCUCGGGCCUGCAUGUCAGCGAGGCUGCCUUCCGCCAAGAGGUGGAGUUCUCGCCCAGCUUUCCGGGCUUGAAAACGCACUACGGAAUCAACGAAGUGCACGUAGAGGUGCUGAACCCUCAGGAUCAGAGGUGGAACAGCAUUGGGCUCCCGGCCGGUGUGGAGUUCACCUUUGUGCGGCAGGAAAGUCGCGGAGGAGAGACCGACACCAUCGUGAGCAGGUGGGGGUGGACCAACUCCCACGAGCUGGAUGCCGAGCAUGCGUUCGUCAAGCGAAAGUCGUUGUUCCCCUCCUGGAAAGACAGCAUGAAGAGGCGGAAGCACAAGAGCAUACAGGAGCAGGACAAGCAGGUGGAAAUUCCGGAGCCCCUUGAGAUCCGCGGCACUCACGAGUUGGUGAUAGCCCGGAUCAUGGAAGGAAAGACGACAGAUUGGGCGCGGGCGAAACGGGCCGCCGAGCAAAUCCGGAGCCCCAGCUACACCACGCGGGAGUUCCACGACGACAUCACCGCCGCUUUUCCCGAGCUGAGGCUGUACUGCCUGAUCAGCAUGGAUGAAGAUGACAUCACCAGGAGCCAGAGCCAAACUUCUUCAGGCAGCAUCACCACCUCGGGGCGUUCGGCCUUCGACGAGUAUCAGCGCACGAUUGGUGCCCUGUUCUGCGUGUUCUGGCUGAUGCGCCAGCACUUGGAUGGCCGCGAGUGCUUCUCUUACGGCCUGAACCAAGACUGGCUCCCGCGAACGCAGAAGGACUUUACGGACGAUGCAGACAGUGGACAUAAUGAUGAGCUGCAGUUGGAGUGGCAGAAGCGCCAAGCUUUCUACGAGCGCACGGACUGGGAAGCUUUCGAGAACCUUAUCGUCGCUGCGGGGCUCCUAAAGAAGAAGGGAGGCCCCCACGAUGCGGAAAGGACCUUGGCCCUGCUGGUCCUGAUGGUUAUCCAUGACCUCAUGAAGCUCGACCGCCUGCGGCCGAUCUGCUCUGUGAAGACCUUCCAGGGCUACAAGAAAGGCGAGUCGAUCGGCGACCACGACAUUGCGCUCAGCUAUGUGCUGGAACGGCAUUCCUCCGCCCUGCCCUCCUUCGCGGGCUUGCCGUCUGAGCAGCAGAAGAGUAUCCGCUUCACCCACUGCAAGCUGGAGUACAACAUGGGAUGGUUGGUCCAGGCGGAGGCGCCCCCCGGGGCACUCUUCCGUGCCUUCCGCCGGGUGAUCCAAUCAGGACUGGCCAGCGACAGGGACUCCUCCAAGGAAGUGGCGUUCUACUUCAUCCACUGGUUCGCAGACCUUGCCGGUGCCGAGCCUUAUCCACUGCAGGGCUGCGAGAAGUUUGUGCUGAAGUUCCCCAAGCAUGUGCUUACCAGCUUCGUGGAGUCCUUUCCCGUGGUAUGGACGCUGGGUCCGAAGACGGAAACGCAGGUCUACGAGGACUACCUCGAGUGGCGCUGGCAAAACUUGCCCAAGCUCGGCCCAGUGCCGGCUGACGCCACGGCCAUCGCCAAGAUGCGCCUCGUCAUCAUGGCCCAGAGUGAUGGCAGUGCCAUCAUCCGGGCCCUUAGCAAGUUAGACCGAGAAGACAUGGAGAUCAUUUCCGAGGAGCUGUCGCUGACAGGUUUGUGCGACCAGUCCUUCUCGAAGGUCGUUGGCCCCAAGCGGGGCCCUGCCCUUUUGCUUUACUACGCGCCAGCCAUGAUGCAGAAGGCCGGCCGAGAGGAUGCUCUGAACACCCUGCGCAUCCUUGCGGAGUUGCUCCGUAGAGCGCGGCAGUUGUGGCCAAUGUCAAACAGCAAAGAUUCGGCCGACGCCACGGUGAUCAUCCGAAUCGAUGCCCUGAAGGACAGCCUCGCCUCAGAGAUCGUCGACGUGCGUCGGCGCAGGUAUGCGCUGAUCAAGACGAGUCAGAAGGAUGGCCAAGUCCGGCAGAUUGCUGACAAGGACCCGCCCGCAGACGGGAUCGUCCUUGACUUCAACUGGAACAGCCCAGCACGUGUACAGCGAAAUAGCCUCAUGAUGAAGAGUCGAACCUCGAUUCCGAUGUUUGCAAGCACCUUCUCCAACAAGCACCUCUCAAACAGCUUCAAGUAG